AUGUCCAACACAAACCUCACAAUUCACCGUCACAUCGGUCCCUUUCCCACAUCUGAAUCCCGCCAACACCCCGCCCUCCGUUUCCUCGAGCACUAUGCCAACAAGAUAAACUCAGCUUCGUAUGGGGGUUCCUAUCUCCCCUACUACCACCCCCAGAGUAUCUUCCAUGACGCUACCGGCGUUGAUUAUAUAGGCGGAGCCGUAAUUUGGAAAUGGAUUCAAGGGCUAUUCGGCGGUGAUAUUUUCGAAAAAAUUGAUAUGGAAAGUAAAGAAUUCUUCGUCAUAAGUGGACUAGAUGAUGGUGAAUGGAAGAUAUAUGGAGAAUGGUUGGCGUAUUGGUGGGUGAAGGGGACGGGGGAGAAGAUUAGUGUACCGAGAAGUAUGGUAUUUACGUUGGUGAAGGCUGAGGGUGAAGAAGCGGGAGAGAGGGUUGAUGUGAAUGGGGAGGUGGUGGAAGAGGUGGGGUUUGAGGGGUUGCAGAUUGGGGAUGUGAGGUUGUAUUAUGAUAGGAGUUUGUUGGCGGGGGUUUUUAGGAGAAGUGAGCAGGAGAAGGAGAAAUUCGGUAAAUCCCAAGAUGAUGAUCCAUACCACUAUGGUAAAAACCACUAUGCCGAUAUCACCGUCGUGCAGCCAAGCCUUCACGCUAGGCGUGCGGAACUGUUGUCGCUCUUUUUCCCGACACUUCGUUUCUUCUCUUCUUCCUUCUUUUCCGAGGAACAGGAGCAGCAACAGCAACAGCAACAGUCACAUCGCGAAAACCAUCAUUUUUCGCGCAUCUCAAGACUCACAAAUAUUGCCAAGUCGGAUGUUUUUGUGUUUGUUGAGGCUUUGCUUAUGCUUAUGCUCAUGGGUUCUGUUGCAGAGGCUCAGUAUCAAUCUGGACUGAACUCCUCAGUACUUUCUGUACCGAAUUCCUGUGCUCAAGUGGCACCGCGAUAUUGGGACAUCCUAUCAGGAAGUAUAUAUCCGUUCCCUGUCAUUACUAGUUAUUUGCAACAAUCGUUUGAGACAUGGAGUUUUUCUUACUUCCCCGAAGAGAUAUGCAGGUUCCCGUCAAACUCUUGGGUUGUGUUGCAUAUGGAAAGUGCUAUUGUGCCAUUACCUCGAUGCUCUCUUGGCCUGAACUCGCGCUUUUCCCAUUCUGCAAAUACCAAACGGAGACCUUCCAGCGUUUUCUCUACAUAUCACUACCAGAUUCCUAAAACUAACGGCCUCGCGAUGAUGUGGUCAAAACUUCCUUUCUUGCUAGCUUUUGUGCCAGCACUGGUGGGUUCUCUGGCACCGACAGACGAAAUUCGAGAUGCAGAUGCGCCGCAGUCGGGUUAUCUAGACAACCAUAACAUGCAUCCUGCAACAGUUGGGUCUGCAAUAUUUGGGAUUCUAUGGAAGAACAAUUAUGGGAAUAAUAAGGAGAAAUGGUAUGCAAAACCAUUAGUAUAUACUCCACCAGGUAAAUCACAACUGGUCUUCAUUGCAUCAGCGAUGAAUGUGAUACGUACCUUGGAUGCUGUCAAUGGGACUCUAUUGAACUCGAGAGUGAUACAACCACCUUUUCUACAGAGUGAUCUUGGAUGUACCGACAUCCCAGAUUUUAUUGGUAUCAUCGGAACUCCUAUCAUAGAUCCGUCAACAAAUAUCGUAUACUUCUUCUCAAAAGGAUACAAGAAUGGAGCUGCCAGCGGAGGUGUUGUUAACGGACUCUACAAGUUCUAUGCUGUGGAUAUAAUCACUCUUCAGGAUAUUGCUGGGUUUCCUGUCCUGAUCGAUGGCAAUUUCGCAGAUAAUGAUAACACGAGGUACUUUCUUGGUGGCACUGUUCUCCAAAGACCAUCUGUAACCCUCAUCAACGGAGUAGUCAUUGGGGCAUUUGGAGGACAUUGUGAUCUUUUCAAUUAUACUGGAAUGCUGGUUGGAGUUAGUACAACUCCUGGGGUCGGUGUUACGUCUAUAUUUGCCAUGGAGUCUAGCCCGGGUGCUCCGCCCGUUGUAGCAGAUUUCAAUAUCCAGGAAGGUGGGAAGGCUGGAAUAUGGCAGGGUGGUAUGGGCCUUGCGACAGAUGGAAGUCGGUUAUUUCUCGCUACUGGUAAUGGUGAAGGACAUGCGAACGGUGAUGUACCAGCAUCAGGAAGAACUCCACUGUCAACCUUGGACGAAGUUGUUGGGGAUUUUGCAGUUUCAACUGCUGGUAAAAUCACUUUAUCGGAUUAUUUCGAACCUUACGAAUACGUCUCCAUGGACGCUGGUGAUCGAGAUCUAGGAUCUGGCGGUGUUGCCUUGUUGGAUCCUACUGUAUUUGUUGGCACUGGAGUUUCACGAAUCGCAAUUGUUAUUGGGAAAAAUGGAAAGGCCUAUGUUUUGAAUGCGAACAAUCUUGGCGGUUUCAAGCAGGGAGCUGGAGGUAAAUUCGUAGUCAUUGUUAUUUACUACAUUUUGGUUGAUAAUCAUGCAGGAACUGACAAUAUCCUUCAAACAAUCAUUGCUCAAGGAUCGAUAUUCGCCGGUCCAGGUUCAUAUCCACUCGAGGGUGGUUAUAUCUACUUUACUCCCGUCGGAUUUCCAACUGUCUGUUAUAAGCUAGGGCAUGAUGAUAAAGGUGCGCCCCUAUUUACUUUGUUCGGCCAAAGCGCAACGAAUUCUGCUGGAGCUGUUGGAAUAGGAAUACCAACUACUACUACGUACAAAGGCCAGGCUGGUACAGGUAUUCUUUGGAUUUCAGACCCAAAUGCUGGGCUAAAAGCAUACAACGCUGUACCUGUAAAUGGUAUCUUGACACCAAUUUCGAUUCCACCAACCGGAGGACUCAAUAAGUUUCAACGUCCUGCUUUUGGAGAUGGACGAUUAUACGUAUCAGAUACAAACGGGAAUGUCAUAUGCUUAGGAUCUCCUGUUGCAUUACCUCUACAGUGUACACAGCCGGUCGAUUUUGGUGAAGUUGCCAUUGGCUCAACCGCGACUCAGAUUAUUAAUUGCACUGCACAAAUUGCCAUCACAUCAGUAAAUGGUUGUACCACAGGCGAUAAAACCUGGCAGUGUGUCAAUUCAACUUUACCUCAAGGACCCUUAGCCCAAGGCGCGAAUUUCUCGUUUCCUGUUACCUGGAAUCUUACCCAGGCUUCCAUAAAUGAUGCUCAGAAUGCAUCUUUUGGGCAUGUUCUACCCGGAGUGGCCAGCACGGGUCUGAAUAUUUAUACUACGAAUGCAAUACCUAAGUAUAGUACUAUUGUACCUGUCUCUCUAUCCGGUACGACUGUUAGCAAGGGACCAUUUUUGGAUAUCGCACCUGCAGAAGUUGAUCUAGGCGGUAUUGUUGUAGGCGCACAGUCAGCAUUGACUGGUCUCGAUGGAACUGUAAUCAUUUCCAAUAUUGGAGCACAGGUUAUGAAUAUAUAUGGGACAGCAUGGACCCAUAAUAUCGCGCCUGACGAUGGUGAUCCAAUUUAUACAAACAUCACAAAUGGGAAUCUUGGAAGUGGCUUCAGCACGACAGCCAUACCAAAGGCUGGUGACACAAUUGUAAGUGGUGGAUCAGUAACAGUUCCAUUGAAUUUUGUGAGCAAUAUCACUGGAGCUUAUUCAACAUUUGUUGAGUUUUGGACGGAUGGAGGUAAUGGAAAUGUCUUCAUCACGGGUAGUGCUUCCACGGCACCAAUUGCUAAUAUCUCGAUUGCAACAAUUGAAGGAGGGUGGGACUUUUCGGAGCCAGUAGUGAUGAAUUUCGGAAAUGUCCUGGCUGGGAAGACAGUUACUUCCUACAUUCGGAUUUGUAAUUCAGGCGGAUCAGCACUACUAAUCACAAAGAGCAAACCACCUAUCGAUACGGAACUCUUGGCUCCUGAUUCUGCUGUGGAUCUUCACGAGGGUCAAGUUGUCGAGGUCAAUACUUGCGCAAUGGGUGCAGUGUCUAUCGUUGCUGCUCCUCUUGGGGUAAAUCGACUAGAUCAUACUGUUUCCGAUGUGUGGAUCUUGAAUACUGACGACAUCACAUUUGGCAUUCACGAUGUUCAAGUUACAGCCAACAUAAAUAUUUAUAUCUGGGGUGCUAUUACGAUGGCGGCGGUCGACAGCUACAAAAACAACACACAAUGUUGGUGUGGAAACAAAGCUCCCACAGCAGCGAAAUAUAGCGACCCGUCUCUGAAUAAAUGCACAUUCAGCUGCCCGGGUGAUAAAACGCAGGCAUGUGGAGGAGAUGGGACUUUUGUGUCGAUUUAUUAUGAUCGGAUUAAGUAUAUUCCUGGUCCAGAUUCGAUUCCUGGACUUCUGAUUCCUUCGACAGGCAGUAGUAGUAGUAGUUCAAGCUCUACUUCUACCUCUGCAACUACAUCUUCCUCAUCAUCUUCUCCACCAGCAAGUAACUCGCCUCAAAAUAUUACUACCAUUUCCACUUCCACUUCCACCUCAACCUCAACCACAACCACAACCUCAUCCCUCACACCAACCCCCACAAUCCCCCCAAUAAUCGGCCCCUACACCUACAUAGGCUGCUACACCGAAGCCACCACCGGCCGAGCUCUAACCGGCAAAAGCUACACAAACAACAGUAUGACUAUCGAAUCUUGCUAUGCAUUUUGUUCUGCAUUUAUCUAUUUUGGCCUUGAAUAUCGGAGGGAGUGUAUGUCAUAUCUUAUCAUAUCAUAUCAUUAA